GUGCGGAAAGCAACAAUAACAGAUAUCUCGCUGGUUCUCUUCCUUUUUUUUGUGAAGGAUUUCACCAUGACUCUGUACUUAAGACACUACUGGAAGGAUGAGCGUCUCUCGUUUCCCAGCACCAACAACAAGAGCAUGACCUUCGACGGCAGGCUGGUGAAGAAGAUCUGGGUCCCCGAUGUCUUCUUUGUGCACUCCAAAAGGUCCUUCAUUCAUGACACCACCACAGACAACAUCAUGCUGCGAGUGUUCCCUGAUGGUCAUGUCCUCUACAGCAUGAGGAUCACAGUGACAGCAAUGUGCAACAUGGACUUCAGCCACUUCCCCCUGGACUCUCAGACGUGUUCUCUGGAGCUGGAAAGCUAUGCUUACACUGAUGAAGAUCUAAUGCUGUAUUGGAAAAAUGGGAAUGAAUCUCUGAAAACUGAUGAAAAGAUUUCCUUAUCUCAGUUUUUGAUACAAAAAUUCCACACUACAUCGAGACUGGCUUUCUACAGUAGCACAGGUUGGUACAAUCGCCUCUACAUAAACUUCACCUUACGCCGACACAUCUUCUUCUUCUUGCUCCAAACCUACUUCCCCGCCACCCUCAUGGUCAUGUUGUCCUGGGUGUCCUUCUGGAUUGAUCACCGAGCAGUUCCUGCCAGAGUCUCUCUGGGUGAGAACAACUGCAACAAGCCAUGA